CGCUCUCCGUGUGAUGCGUCGAGUGAUGCGAGGUUGUACGAUUGCUUCUUGGAUGCAGCAUCCGUUUUUCACUGUGCAAGUAAGGCAGGUGACCCAAUCGAUAUUAGCCUACAAAGCCCAGCUCACAUCUACAGGACUGUGACUGUAGCCAUGCAUGGCCUGUAAGCAGCAUAUCAUGGCUCACAGGAAGAGGCCAGGAACAAAUCAGGGAGGAAGCAGUAUGGCUGAGCCUCUCCCCCGGCCCUGCCCCGCCCCCUUCCCUUCAGAGUCACAUGACAGGAAACUACCCGUGCGGUCCCACCCAACUUCGUAUCCUAAAGACUCACAUGAUCAGGCCCAUGUCCAACCGGAUGAAGGGGCGGAGCCACAUUACUGUGGCCAAUUGGAUGCAGAGCUGACAGCCCACCGGCCGGCCACUCCUUCUACACCUGACCACCAGUGUGAGCAGUCCCACGACCACGCCCACGCCCACAACCACGCCCACUCAGACUUCCGGGGUCGAGCGGACAGCUUGGACGGAGACUCCAGCUCUGACUACGUCAACAACACAUCGGACGAGGAGGAAGACUAUGAUGAAGGCUUGGCGGAGGAGGACGAGGGCGUGACCUAUUACAUCCGCUACUGCCCCGAAGACGACUCCUACAUGGAGAGCGUGGACUGUAGCCGCGGCGACUGUAGCAGAGGGGACUGUAGCCGCGGCGACUGCAGGGCUGCAGUGGAGCCUGUUGCAGACACAGACGAAUGUCAGGAGGCUGUAGAAGAGUGGGAGGAGGGGGAGGGCGAGGAGAGGGAGGGGGAGGAGGAGGAAGAGGUGAGAGAGGAGUGGGUGGACCGAGAGGGGGAUGAGGAGGAGGGGGAAGUACGCUGUGAAGUGGUGGAACAGGAUGCAGAUCAACAGAUCUACGAUGGACGGCCCGAGCCAAUCCUGCACCACCACCAUCCAAGCCCCGCCCCAAUGCAGCAGACCCCCCCCAGGGAGGAGGAGGAGGAAGAGGAGAGCGAGGAGUACCUUCCCAAUGAAGAGGAGGAAGAGGAGGAGGAGACAGGAGAGGGGCGGGGCUACACAGAGGACUACUACGUCCCAGAGGCCAAUGGGAACUGUGUUGGUGUGUCCCAAUACCGGGGGAGGCAGGUGGGGGAAGGAGGGGAGGUGGGGGAGGAGGCUGAGGAGGACAUUGACCUGAUUGUGGCCGAGAUCAAGAUGAGUAUGAGCAUGGGCAGUCUGAGCAGUGGUACCGACCACAGCCCAGAGGAGCUGGCUCACGACUCCGCCCCUGCUAACUACCCUCCCCCUGCACUACCCCCUGCCAAACCCUCUCCGGCCCCCGGCCCCUACCCGCUCCACCGCCAUGACAGCCGGCCCAAGUCCCUAAACCUGCCCUCUGCACGCCACAACAACCCGGACCUUCAGAGGGGCUUCAAGGUGCGGGCGAGUACGCCCGAAGACCGUCCACACCGGGCCCAGGAACAGGUGACCAACGGCCCAGAGCAGCAGCCAACCAGAAAGCAGAAUCGUUCCGAUCUCAACCUUCCUUUGGAGAACAACAACACUCCAGAGCAAACUAAGAAGGCAGCGGCUUUCCCCAGCUUUGUGGAUGUGCCGGGACCAUGUGAGCCAGAGGACCUGAUUGAUGGGAUUAUCUUUGCUGCUAACUACCUGGGCUCCACCCAGCUGCUGUCAGAGAGGAACCCCUCCAAGAACAUUCGCAUGAUGCAGGCCCAGGAGGCUGUGAGCAGGGUGAAGAGCCCAGAGGGGGAUGGACAGAGCCUGACGGAGGUGGACCUGUUCAUCUCCACACAGAGGAUCAAGGUCCUCAAUGCUGACUCACAGGAGACGAUGAUGGACAAUGCGUUGCGUACCAUCUCGUACAUCGCUGACAUCGGGAACAUUGUGGUUCUGAUGGCUCGGCGCCGCAUGCCCCGGACCGCCUCCCAGGACUGCAUAGAGACCACGCCAGGGGCACCAGACACCAAGAAACAGUACAAGAUGAUCUGCCACGUCUUUGAGUCUGAGGACGCCCAGCUGAUCGCCCAGUCCAUUGGCCAGGCCUUCAGCGUGGCCUAUCAGGAGUUCCUGAGAGCCAAUGGCAUCAACCCUGAGGACCUUAGCCAGAAGGAGUACAGUGACAUCAUCAACACACAGGAAAUGUACAACGAUGACCUCAUCCACUUCUCUAACUCGGAAAACUGUAAAGAGCUCCUAGUGGAGAAGCAGAAGGGGGAGAUGCUGGGCGUGGUCAUCGUGGAGUCUGGCUGGGGCUCCAUCCUGCCCACCGUCAUCCUGGCCAACAUGCUCAAUGGCGCCCCCGCCGCCCGCUCUGGGAAGCUCAGCAUCGGAGACCAGAUCAUGUCCAUCAACAACACCAGCCUGGUGGGCCUGCCCCUCGCCACCUGUCAGGGCAUCAUCAAGGGCUUGAAGAACCAGGUGCAAGUGAAGCUGAACAUUGUUAGCUGUCCUCCUGUCACCACUGUCCUCAUCAAAAGACCCGACCUCAAGUACCAGCUGGGCUUCAGUGUACAGAAUGGCAUCAUCUGCAGUCUGAUGAGGGGGGGCAUUGCCGAGCGAGGGGGGGUCAGGGUAGGACACCGCAUCAUUGAGAUCAACAGCCAGAGUGUGGUGGCCACGGCACACGAGAAGAUCGUCCAGGCACUGUCCAACUCUGUCGGCGAGAUUCACAUGAAGACAAUGCCGGCCGCCAUGUUCCGCCUCCUAACUGGCCAGGAGACACCCAUGUACAUAUAAGGAUAUCUCUGCUCCUCCUGUGAAUGGUUACAAGAACUUUGAUGGACAUGACGGACUGACAAAUGACAUGCCGAGGACAGCUUCACUUCCUGUGGGCAGGAAGAGACUUCUUUUCAUCUUCUUCUCUGCCUUGUGAUGACUUGUUGACUACUACCAUUAUUCCUCCAUCCCUGCUCUAACACCAGGCAUACUCCGAGACAGAGAAUGUUAACCUUAUUUUUUGGUUGUUGUUUGUUUGUUGUCUGUGCUUUGUUUGUCCUCUGCGUGAGAAACAGGAAGUGAGUGAAUGAAUGAAUGAAUGCAUUGAUUUUUAAAUCCAUAUAAAUGUAAUUAGUUCCUGUGUGUCAGCGUACUUCCUGUGUACUUUAUUUCUUGGUGAUGUAAAUAUAUGAUGUGCUAAUGAGGGGGGUGGAUUUUGCAGGUCAUGGGGGAAUGUGUACUGAAUGUCGGGGUACAGGAGGGAAGAAGGGAGGAGAGUAAAGAUAAGGGUGUGGAAGUCGGAGGAGAGAAGAACUUGAUAGAGAGACAGUUCAGCACUGCUGUCAUUGUAGUUUAGAUGGACUGUAAAAGAGCCGGCCUGGGAUUGAACCCGGGUUAUUUCCCCUUGCUCAGCAGAUCCACAUCACAUUAGACCAAGGUUAGCAGGUGAAGGUCCGAGUGAUUAAAGGCCAUAUCCUUCAGAUGAGGGCAAUACUGCAGUUCUACCAUACUAUGACCAUGUCAUUCUAAUGGUUGUGUAAGUCUCUUUUUUAAAUCCUCAUGUAUGUUGGCAACCAUUUUGAUGAACAGCACAUUCUCACAUACGUAGUUCUGAACUAUUGUUUAAGCUUCUUUGAAUUCAAAUCAGUGUUUGAAACUUGAAAUAAUAUUUUCUAUGUGUGCUAUACUGUACCACAGUAACUUUAUCAAGUUAUUCUGUCCCAAACGGAAGCUAUUGUUCUGACUGGGUGUUGAGUGUGUUGUCUUGUGAGUGCGUGUUGAGUGUGUCGUCUUGUGAGUGGGUGUUGAGUGUGUUGUCGUGUGAGUGGGUGUUGAGUGUGUCAUUUUGUGAGUGGGUGUUGAGUGUGUUGUCUUGUGAGUGCGUGUUGAGUGUGUUGUCUUGUGAGUGGGUGUUGAGUGUGUCAUCUUGUGAGUGGGUGUUGUGUGUCGUCGUGAGAGCUGUGCCCAUUGCCAUUGCUAGAAUGUGUGUAAAUAAAGAGAAUCUCAUCUAGUAUUGUGCUCAAGUAAGACCCACUGUUCGGUUACUGAAAAUAUCUUCAUUUCCUGUGUGAGCAUUGACAGAGUGAAAGCUGAGCUUCCCACUGUGACUGAGUGAGCCAGGCCACUAGACAGCUCCUGGUUCAACUUCAUUGUACUGAACAUUAGAAAACGUAACCAUACAUUUAUCUAUGUGCAUGCCUCUUAAGAUAGUGUCACGUCAAUGAGACAAGAUAAUAAAACAUUAAAUAAAACCCACUGAAAUGUG